UUUGGGACAGUCAGUCAAAGUGUAUUGUUUUGAAAACGUCUGUUUUUCGCAUGAAGACUCUUCAUUUCAUCAUUUUUGGGGAUAUUCAGCCAUGUUUGCCCGGAAGAAGUUCUACAAAACCCUCUCUAUCUGUGGCAAAGUCCUGAAAUACGCCUGCAUUGGCCACUGUACCUUCACAUACCUCGUUGAUUUCGUUUAUUGUUCGGGACCUUCGAUGGAGCCCACCAUAUACUCAGGAGAUGUACUGCUCACGGAGAAAGUCAGCUGUCGGCGCAAUCGCGUCGAUCGUGGUGAUGUAAUAACAGCAAUCUCUCCCACUCAUCCCACCAAGAUCAUCUGUAAGAGGGUGUUCGCCGUGGCCGGCGACCGAAUCCUCGCCGGAAUGCCUGGUGAUCUGAAGAACUCCUCCAGUAUCAAUGUGUCAGCCAUCGCUGGCCAGGAGAGCACACUCACGCCGACUGAGCAAGAGAGAAUUGAGCAGCUGAAGGGCCAAAUGAAGAAGAUUCGCAUCCCACGAGGCCACGUGUGGCUCGAGGGCGACAACAAGGAUAACAGCGCCGACUCCAGGUACUACGGAGCCGUGCCACAGGGCCUCAUCAACAGCCGCGCCGUGGCCAAAGUGUGGCCUCCCUCACAAUUCACCUUUCUGUGAUGUUA